AUGGACGCGCCCUCGAUACAACUACAUCUUGAGCUGCGCGAUACCGUCGUCAAGGCGCUCGCAACGCGUCGCCCGAUUCUCCACCAUCUCAACGCCGACACGUCGUGGCUCCUGCAGAUUCCGCGCCCGGCGAACGCUGUGAAGCAUGGCAGUCGGAUCUACUACAAUGUGCUGAUUGAUCCGUGGUUUGUGGGCGGACAGUCGGAUGUGGGCAAGUGGUUCAGCCAGCAGUGGCAUGCUACCGAGAGCGCGGUGAAGAGCAUCGCCGAAGUAGAUGAAUUGGCAAGGCAGGUGGAGAUACUUGCGGGAGGUCUGAGAUUAGGCAAGGGGAGGAGCGAGCCUGAGACGCUCGUUGAUGCGGUAGCCAUUUCCCACGAGUUCACGGAUCAUUGUCACAAAGAGACGCUGUUGGAAGUGCAUAGAGACGUGCCAGUCUUCGCCACAGAGCAAGCCGCGAACCUCGUAUCCUCGUGGCAUCACUUCCGCACAGUCAUCACGACACCUACCUUUCUCGAUGAUGCCGACUGGCGCACCUACUCGCUCUCUCCUCUGCCAUCAUGGCUCAGCAUAUCGCGCCUUACAGCCGCCGGCGACUCACUAUUCUACCACUCCGCUCUCCUCAUCACCUUCGCGACACACCCCUUCCUCUCGCACGCAACGCCCAAGAAGCGCUCCUCACUAUCUAUACACGGCGACGGCGUCGAAGACUUUUCUUCGAGCACAAGCGGAGAAGAAGCGGAAUGCGUAAUAUAUACACCACACGGCAUACCCCAUACCGCCCUUACACCAAUCGCGCAAGCGGACCCACCACUACAUACGCUCGCCUUUCUUCACGGCCUGCACGACGUCUCUAUAUCUGCCGCGCAACAGCUGAACCUCGGCGCCAAGAACGGCCUGCGGGCGCAACGGAUACUGAAGGCGAAAUAUUGGGUCGCGACACACGACGAGGUGAAGAAGGGAGGGGGAUUCAUAUCCUGGUUCCUACAGCGCAAGAUCUGGACGCUGGAGGAUGCGCUCAAAGCAGCAGCUGCUGACCUUGAUGGUGAAGAUGCGCAUAUGCACCGACACAGACACGACGACGAGUUUGAAGACGUCCAUUUCCAAGACAUGCGUAAUGGGGAGAGCAGGAUUUUGGAAUAA